AUGGCUUCUCUUAAAUUUGUCCGCUCGGUGUGGGAGUCCUUCCGAGCUACCUCGGGUCUGGAGCCGCGGCUGCUGAAUAAUCUCCGUGUUACAGCAGCCAGGCCCGGUGUAGUCAACUUUGAGCUGGAUAUUCAGAAGGAGCAUACAAAUCGCUUGAAUAUCCUCCAUGGAGGCACCAUUGCAAGCAUGGUGGACCUUGGAGGCUCGUUGGCCGUGGCAUCUCGUGGCUUGUUUGCGACAGGUGUCUCGACGGACCUAAAUGUCACAUACUUGAACUCGGGUGGGAAAAUUGGUGACCGCAUCUUGGCCGAGGUGACUUGUGAUAAAUUUGGCAAGACCCUUGCUUUCACGAACAUCCAGUUCACGAACUCCAGCGGUCAUGUCGUUGCCCGUGGAAGCCACACGAAAUAUGUGGCCCAGGCUUGGAAAGACCCAAAUAACAUCGUGGAAGAAAUGAACAAGCACAAGGACCAAUGA